CGAUGUUGAACGUGAUGGACUUGAUGUAAGUGUGAAUGAACUGUUACGAGAGUGUGCAAGAGUAAUCUUUGAUGGCGGUAUAUUCGAUGUGGGGGCUGGUCACGUGGUUGUUGGUGGGAGUGGAAGUGGAGGAGGAGCGGAACAGAAAGAUGAUGAGACUGAUGAACUCUGGUUAAUAACGUUAUUUGCUUAUUGUCGGUGA